CGGCCCCUCGGAGCGGCGGGACAGAUCCCCGACGGUCAGGCAGCGGAGAGCAGGGCCGAUGGACACGUUCAGCACCAAGAACCUGGCGCUGCAGGCGCAGAAGAAGCUCCUGAGCAAGAUGGCGUCCAAGGCCGUGGUGGCCGUGUUCAUCGACGACACGAGCAGCGAGGUGCUGGACGAGCUGUACCGCGCCACCAAGGAGUUCACCCGCAGCCGCAAAGAGGCCCAGAAGGUGGUCAAGAACCUGGUCAAGGUGGCCGUGAAGCUGGGCGUCCUGCUGCGGGGGGGGCAGCUGGGCCGCGAGGAGCUGGCGCUGCUGCAGCGCUUCCGCCAGCAGGCGCGCCGCCUGGCCAUGACGGCCGUCAGCUUCCACCAGGUGGAGUUCACCUUCGACCGGCGCGUGCUGGCCGCCGGCCUGCACGAGUGCCGGGACCUGCUCCACCAGGCCGUGGGCCCUCACCUGACCACCAAGUCCCACGGCCGCAUCAACCACGUGUUCGGCCACUUCGCGGACUGUGACUUCCUGGCGGCGCUCUACGGGCCGGCCGAGCCCUACCGCUCCCACCUGCGCAGGAUCUGCGAAGGCCUCACCAAGAUGCUGGACGAGGGCAGCCUUUGACCUGUGCCCCUGCUCUCCCUGCGGGGCUCCGGACCAGGGCUGCGGACCAGGGCUGCGGGUUUUUCCACCGUUUCUCUCAGUGCCACUGCAGCUGACUUCUCCCCCAGAAAGAUAACCUGGCCCCUUCCGAGGAUGCUGAACCUUGGGAAGCAGUUCUGAGGGUCCUUUGCCUCUCCACUCGGCAGCGAGACAGGCACAGCCGCAGCCCCCACACACCUCGAAGUCACGGCCUGCUCACACCCGCCAACCUGCUUCCUGAACCGCGUCACCCUGGGGGGGCCCCUCUGCACCCCCGAGCACCUGCUGUCAUCCCGUAACUGGUACUUGCCACUUAAUAUUGUUACCUGGGCUUUUUCAUUCCUGCACACAGGAUGAUGUGAACCAGAAGUGUUUAUGGGGUGAACUGUGUUUCCUCUGACACGUCUCUGAAGUCCUCACCAGCAACCCCCAGGCCCUGUGGAUGUGUCUAUGGGGCAUAGGGUGUCAUGGCAGCUGGACAGUUGAACAGGGCAGCGUCAGGGGCGCGGAUCUCUUUGCAGCCAAAUCCAUGUUUAAUUUUUGACUCCCCGAGACUUUACAGUCAUCCCCUGGUAUCCACCAGGGAUUGGUUUCAGGAUCCCAACUGAUGGCCAAGGUGGGUAAAUUCAUGAUGCCGAGUCUAAGGAGUAAAAAUCAUCUGCAGAGAGGCAGAUCUGUGCAGCUCAAACCCAUGUUGUUCAGGGGCCAGUUGUAAUUAGUCGGGCACCAAUUAGCCAUGUUGAGGGACCACAUACACCAUGGGGCCUCCGACUGGCUGUAUCAGGUGGCCUGGACCACUGAGGCUUGAGUCAUUCUCCUCUGUGAUGUUCACUCGAUGAUCACCUAGUGAUGCCUUUCUCAGAAUACACACCUGUUUCAGACCACUUGUGAAUGUACUUCCUAUUUGUUUGUCAAAAGGAGACAUUGGUUUUAAAAGGUUGCAAAACACUGCUGUGGUCUGGCCACCGUCAGGGUUGGGAAGGUCACUCUGGGCCCUAGAGGAGGGGAAAAUGAUGUCCCGUGACUGGUUUUUGUUUUCGGGGAAAACACCAGUCUGUUUGCAGAACCAGGCCUAUUUAGGGCAAAGGUUACCCACAGGAGGCCUGUGGCCAUAUUAGGGAAGAAGAUGCGGUUGCUUGGCCUCCUCUAGUGUUUGAGACAUUUGGAAUUAUUUGCCAACAUUAAAAACGAAGAACUUGCACACCAUUUGCUACUCGGAGCGUCUCUCAGAAACACACCUGAGCCCUGAUGCCUGCCGUGGGCCCCCAUGGCAUUUUGCACCCCUGUGCUGUUAUACACCCCAUGGCUGACAGAUGACCCAGGUGCAGGGCAGCUGUCCUGUGGGUUGGUUUCUGGCUUCCUGAAAAAGCCAAAGGCUUUCACCCGACUGCCAGCUGCUCCUACCUCUGCCACCCUUGUACAGGUAAAUGUCCCCUUGUCUUUAGUCAAGAGACAGAGCUUCGAAUUCAGGAGCGAAUGCGCGUUUGAUUACAGCAACAGGCCCCAGAUGAAAUCCUUUGCCCUUGCCUCUGCUGACUGAGUAUGUCAACGUGCAUAGCAAUCUGUGCUUGUUCCCCGCUGGGCUGUCCUGUCUGUCUCGAUCUUUUCAUAAAUUUGAGAUUUAAUU